AUGACUAAAAAAAAUACUGGCGAUGCUAAAGAAACAAAAAAUAAUUCUGUUUUAACAACUUAUUCGUUUCAAGAUUUCAAAACUUUAGAGACCAGAUUAAAAAAUCAGUUAAGUCAUCUAAAUUUUAACCGUGUAACGCUAAUUCAAAAACUUGCUUUAGAGGCUUUGUCUCCCACAGAUUUUCAAGACACAUUUAUACAAGCAGAAACCGGUUCAGGAAAGACACUUGCAUAUUUGGUCCCAGCAAUAAAUCGAUUGAUACACACUGAUGAAUCUGUUCGUAAGAAACUUAUAAGCUUAAAUAUUUUACAACCUGACGACUUGAAAACGGUCGUGAGUCCCAGAAGUCUGGGGACCCGGAUUUUGAUUUUAGCGCCAACCAGAGAGUUGUGUGUUCAAAUUGAGAACUUAGCCAAACAACUAACCAAUACUCACUACUGGAUAACUACUUUUGCAUUGAUUUGCGGCGCAAAAAAAAAAUCUGAAAAAUCCUCGUUACGCAAAGGCAUAACCAUUUUGAUUUCCACCCCUGGAAGAUUAACUGAUCACUUGGAAACCACUAUUUCACUUAGAAUUAAAUAUUUAGAUACUAUUAUAAUUGAUGAGGUAGACCGUCUUUUAGAUUUAGGAUUUGAAAAUAAACUAAAAAAAAUAUUCAAUAUUUUGAAGCAAAGAAGAGAAGCAGAAAACACAUCUCUCGACGAAUACGAUAUAGAAGCAUACGAAAAAAAUGACAAGCCUAAAAGCGAAACUGAGAAAAACAUGAAAAUACAGCAAGAAUACAAAAAAGUAAUGUCUGAAGUUGAAGACGCUGAACUUAACAGUUUAUUGUUUGACAAAAUCAAUCAAGAGUCUGUAAAACUCGAAGAAACCACGUCUGAUCAGCACUUAUUUGAUUCAGUUAAAUUUUUCAAAUUACAUGGUGCAAUGGACGCAGCAGAAAGAUCUGCACACUUAAUCAAAAUAAAUAAAACGGAAGACCACUGUAUAAUUUUUGCAACCGAUGUAGCUGCUAGAGGUUUAAAUUUUGACAAUUUAGACUUUAUAAUUCAAUUUGAACCGCCCAUCGAGCUUGUUGAUUACAUUCAUAGAAUCGGACGAACCGCUAGAUUGGGAAAAGUUGGCAUAGCAGUAACACUUUUAAAUUCACAUGAAGAAGGAUUUACCAAAAUUAUUAAAAAUAAAAUACGAAACGUUGAUAUUUCAGUGACCAAUGAAAGUAAAAUUUUGAAGUUGUUUCAGCCCGGUAGUCCUGCCAGCUUACUACCCGAGUUUUUAAAGUGCCUAAGACCCAAGGGAACAUUAGAUUACUUAGUAUCUAGGUUUAGCGUUCAAGUACAAAAAGAGCCUAAGCUGCUUGAAUUUGGUACUAAAGCUUUUUUGUCAACAAUUAAAGAUUACAGAUGUUAUCAAAAAGAAUUAAGAGCCAUAUUUGAUUUUAGCAAACUUCAUUUAGGAAAACUUGCCGGUUGUCUUUUCUUGAGACAAAGUCCUAAAGAAUUAGGAUACUCGCAUAAUGAAGAUUAUAAACCAAGUUAUCAUAAUAACUCUUUCACAAAUAGAAUACAUCGAACUAACUUUAGUGAUAGAAAGCCUAAAGAAAGGAAAUUCAAUAAAACUUCUUCCUUUAGUAAACAUCGUUCUGCAAUAAAUAAAAAAAAGGAUUCAUUUACAUCUGAUACUAAAUCACUUAACGAAAAUUUAGACUUGAUCAAAUCUCCGAUAGUUAAAAAUUUAUUCCAAUUGCUCACUUGUUUUGUAAAAUAA